AGCGUUACCGCUGAUCGUUAUCUUAGAUCUAAAUUCUGAUUUAAUUACUAUUACCUACCUAAAUAAAUAAACUUUAAUAAUAAUAUAUCUAAAUCUACGUAAACUACCUAACUAAAUAACUUAAUUAAAUAAUUCAUAUUGUUCUACACUAAUAAAAUAAAUAAAAUAAUAAAUCUACAAGCAAACCCGCGCGAAACAAGUUGUUCAAUAUUUCUUUUGUUCUCUGUCGAGCGGGCGGACUGUUUUUUAUGUAUGCGCAAGCGACGCGCCUACGGCCGCGAUGCUCCCGCCGCGUCUCCUAGUCCGAGCCAGAGCGUUAUUGAGCACGGACGUAUCGCUGUCCGUCACCGCCGGACCCGCGAUGUACGUAACCUUAUAAAACUACAAAUAUGUAAUCGCGUAUUGGUGAACCCCGCUACCGGGCUUCACGUUCACGUUCACCUUCAUCUUCUACGCCUACCUACUACACCAUGCAUGGUCACCACUGCCGAAACUACCACCUGGGUCUUCAACCCGGCAGAGCUGCCUGCCGUGUCGGACGGCCCGUGCGCACACUCUAAGUGGCCCUACACCACAGUGCGUACGGCCCUAACCAUCUGGCGCGUCGGCGACUCUGCGGGCUUACCACCAGCGAAGAACCAACCCACAUCAACAUCAACGCUAGCGAGGACAGUGGUUUGAAUAUACUACCACCGGUGACGAAUCUCGUGCGAUAUGAUAGUUUGCUCGACCACCCACUCCCUAAGAGUUCUCACUUCUCUAAAUUGUAAUAAAUAACUUGUUAAUCUAAA